AAUGUCAUCAAAAGAAGAAGAGAACCUUCCUGAUUCACUUGCUUUACAGCUAGGGCUGCAUUAUUUUUCAGAAUUUAAAACAACCGCUGAUGAUUUAAUUAAAGGACAAAAUACGUCAAAUAAAGAACAAAGACAGAGGAAAGCUUUGUUGUCCUUGAGAAGAGCUAUUCUUUGCUUCCAUGCUCGUUACCCCAUGUUGAGUGAACGUUGUUAUCGAGAAGGUGCCUUGUUUAUGGAUCAAAUAUCUAAUGGAGACAAGAGUUUAUUACAAUUACGAAAUUUGUUUAGCAUGUUAAUUUAUCAAACAAGAUGUAAUACUGAUGCUUCCUCAUCUAAUACUGAUUUAACACAAUGA